AUGUCGCCACCCGGGAAAAGUGAAGCAGCGCGAGCUCCAGCUCUCCUGAGGGCCACGGCACCGAGCUGGUUUCCUCCUGGCCAUCCGCAAGCUCAGGAGGCCGAGCUGGGUGCCUCCUGCCCUGUCCCAACCCUGGUGCACCGGCCUUCCUGCCAGUGGCCCUGCCAUCAACCUAUUGGCCCUGGCGGCCUGCUCCCGGUGCCCCCCAUAUACACCUGGGUCCCCGUAUACCUCAUCAACCAGCCAGAGUCCAUGAGGAGAGGCCUGGCCCCCCGCACCCAGCUACCCACCGCCCAGGAGCUGUGUGACCUGCUGCAGGGAGCAGACAAGCCUCCCAUGGAGUCAGCCAGCCUGACCCAGGCUGCCCAGGAUCCGGCCCCGAAGUCCCCUUCCAUCCACCUCUCAGCUGCCAGAGACAAGAGGAGGAUUGCCCGCGACACCAUGCCCUGCCUGGCUGCAGGUGCCAAGAGGCGCUUCCUGGCCAGCAGCAGCAGCCCUCCUCCCAAGGCCCAGGGGUUGGGCAGCAAGCUCCCAGAGGCCCGUGCCCCAUCAGGCCAGGAGUCCAAGGCCACCAGCACUGUGCCUCCCAAACUCGUAACCCGCGGCCCACCUGAGCAGAGUUCUCAGAAGCCCGUUCCUCCAAAAGAGUGUGGGGGCAAUGUGCCCUCCAUCACCCGUCAACGCCACCUCAGCCUGUUUAUGGACGAGGGGCUCGAGUUCUGCUGCUCCACCCAGGAUGCCACAGAGAAGGAGCUGAAGGAGGAGAAGGCGGUCUACCACCAGAGCCCCAGCAAGAGGAUGGACCGGGACGUGGCCGCAAACACCUUCCACAAGAUGCAGGGCCUGGAACCCGGCCCUGGAGCCAGUCUCCACAAGACCCGGGACAGAGGGGCUGUGUUCCAGGAGGUGGUGCUGGGGGGCAAGUUGGCCGCCCAGACCAGCUUCUCACUCCAGUGCCCGAAUAGCCUCCCUGAAGAGGAUCCUUUGCAAGGGGCCGCCCUGUACCAGCGCCUCAAGGAGUACCUGCUAACCCAGGCCCAGCUCAAGGAGAAUGGCUACCCCUUCGCGCACCCCAAGAGGCCAGGGGGCGCUGUCCUCUUCACCGCCCAGGAGAAGCCGCCCCAAGAUGCCUCUUGCAGGCUGUGCUGCCGCUGUGGCACCCAGUACCUCGUGGCCCCCUCGGGCCACUGUGUGCACCAGGAAGAAUGUCACUACCACUGGGGGCGGCUGCGCCCCACUCCAGUGGCUGGGGGCUGGGAGAUUCAGUACACGUGCUGCUCGGCCCCCAUCGGCUCCCCUGGCUGCCAGGUGGCCCAGCAGCACGUGCAGGACGGCCGCCAGCAGGACCUGCAGGGCUUCGUGCAGACCUUGGACAAAGAGCUGCCCGCAGGGGCUCACCCCGGCAUCUACACCCUGGACUGUGAGAUGUGCUACACCACCGCUGGCCUGGAGCUGACCCGUGUCAGCGUGGUGGACAGCGCCCUGCAGCUGGUGUACGACACCUUCGUCAGGCCGGACCGCGACAUCAUUGACUACAAUACCAGGUUUUCCAGAGUCACCGCGGCUGACCUGGCCCACACCAGCACCUCGAUCCGGGACGUUCAGGCCGCCUUGCUGACGCUCUUCAAUGCCCACACCAUCCUCAUCGGACACAGCCUGCAGAGCGACCUGCUGGCCUUGAAGCUCAUCCACGGCACCGUGCUGGACACAUCUGUGCUCUUCCCGCACCGCUGCGGCCUCCCCUACAAGCGCUCCCUUCGUAACCUCACGGCUCACUACCUCGGACACGUCAUCCAGAACCGGAUGGAUGGCCACAGCUCCAGCGAGGACGCCAGCUCCUGCAUGCGCCUGGUCAUCUGGAAGAUGGGACAAGACGCCGAGACUGAGCGCUGACCGCAGCCCAGCAUUUUGUGGACAGGACUAUGACUUUGGAAAGAGCUUUGUGAUCACAUAUAUCUCUUGCCCCACAUGUCUAAC